AGUUGAAAUUAAGAAUCUACAUAUCCAAGCAAGGACCUUGAAUAGUGUUCCUUCAUUAGCCUGAUGGGUUCAUGAGGGGCUCUUCUGCUGUCCCUUGAAGAAGCACAGUAAAAAAGGAUGAAGUUUCAAUGGUCGGCAGCUGUUUUCUUGAUUUUGGGUUUGCUGACGACGGUGACAGUCAAGUGCGGUCAGACGCCGCCGCCGCCGCCGCCUGAGGUUGUGAAUGUUGGGGCAGUUUUCACCUUCAGCUCAGUCAUCGGGAGGGCGGCGAAGGCCGCCCUAGACAUUGCCCUCUCCGAUGUCAAUGCGGACCCCACCCUUCUCAAUGCCACCAAGCUCACUCUCACCACGGUGGAUGCUAAUUCCAGUGCUUUUUCAGCUGCCAUGGGAGUGUUUCAGGUUAUUGAUGAUCAAGCAGUGGCAAUAAUAGGCCCAGAAUCCUCAGCACUAACUCACAUGAUCUCUUUCAUAACCACUGGUCUUUCAAUCCCUCUCCUCUCAUUUUCUGCCACGGACCCGACCCUAUCUUCAUCUCAAUUCCCAUUCUUUGUUCGGAUGACACAAAGUGAUUCCUUCCAAAUGUCAGCUUUAGCUGACCUCAUCUGCUUGUAUGAAUGGAAAGAAGUCAUUGCCAUAUUUGUGGAUGAUGAAUAUGGAAGAAAUGGGAUAUCUUUUUUAGGAGAUCAACUUGCCAUGGGAAUGUCAAAGAUCCACUUCAAGUUUGCUUUGUCUAUGGACUUUGACUCGAGUGAAGUAACGAAAGUACUAAACAGCUCAAAAUUCUUAGGCCCACGUGUUUAUGUUGUCCACAUAUACCCGGAUUCAAAGUUGAGAUUCUUUAAUUUAGCACAUGAGCUGGGCAUGAUGGGUAGCAACUAUGUUUGGUUUGCAACAGAUUGGCUUUCUUCUAGUUUAGAGUCAGCCCUUCAAAACCAAUCUUCUUUAGGAAUUCUUGAAGGAGUAGUAGGCCUUCGCCCUUAUAUUCCUAAGUCAAGAAAGAAAGACACUUUCUUGUCUCGCUGGAGAUAUUUGAUGCAGACGGGUUUUGUGCAUUCCAAGUUGAUCACAAAUGCAAUGUAUUCUUAUGAUACUGUGUGGGCCAUAGCACGUGGAAUUGAUACUCUUCUUCGGGAGGGAAUAAACCUUACCUUUUCUUUAAGCAAAGGUGACACACAUUUUGACAGAUUUGAAGUGUUUGGAGAAGGAGAGCAUCUUCUUAAGAUCUUAACACAGACAAACUUCAUAGGAGUAACAGGUAAUGUCCAUUUUGAUGAGCUCCAAAGCCUGGUCGGGAGGGGUUAUGAAAUAUUCAAUAUUGCAGAAGGAAAUAUUCACACGGUUGGUUAUUGGUCAAAUUCUUCCCGUCUCUCUAUUUCGCCACCUCCUUUAAACCCCUUCCCAAACAGCACCCAAGCAGCUGAGAAGAAGAAACUUGGGAAUGUUGUCUGGCCGGGUGGGGUGAGGUUAAGACCGCGCGGUUGGCUUCUUGCCAACAAUGAGAAACCGUAUAGAGUUGGAGUUCCAAGGAGAACCAUUUUCACCGAAUUUGCAAGAUUGAAUGACAAGAAUGAGAUGGAGGGCUAUUGCAUUGAUGUGUUUAAGGAAGCAAGUAACCUACUUCCCUAUGAUAUCCAUUUUGAAUUUGAGCCCUUUGGAAAUGGUCUCUCCAAUCCAAAUUACGACGACCUUGUUAAAAUGGUUGCAGAUGAUAACUUUGAUGCAGCGGUUGGGGACAUUACUAUAGUGACAAGCAGGACGAGGAUUGUGGAUUUUACACAACCUUACAUGGAUAGUGGGCUUGCGAUAGUGGGUCCCGUGGAUGAUUCAAAAUCAAGUGCCUGGGUAUUUCUAAAGCCAUUUACACCAGAAAUGUGGGCUGUCACUGGAUUGUCUUUUCUGGUGAUAGCAGUGGUGGUUUGGAUACUAGAGCAUCGUGUCAAUGAAGAUUUCCGCGGUCCUCCAAAGAGACAACUAACCACAAUGUUACUGUUCAGCUUCUCAACGCUGUUCAAGACAAAUGCUGAAAAAACGGUAAGCGCGCUUGGAAGGAUUGUGAUGCUGGUGUGGCUGUUUCUUCUACUGGUUGUAACCUCAAGCUACACUGCAAGCUUGACAUCAAUCUUGACAGUCCAGCAGCUGUCAUCGCCAAUCACGGGAAUGGAUAGCUUGGUGGCAACCAAAUGGCCCAUUGGGUAUCUGGUCGGCUCAUUCGUGCCCAAAUAUCUGAGAGAUAAUUACAAUGUUCCUCUGUCAAGACUUGUUUGCUUGCACUCUCCUGAAGAGUACGAAUCUGCCCUGCGGCGUGGGCCAGGUGGAGGAGGGGUUGCUGCAAUUGUCGACGAGCUUCCAUACAUACAGCUGUUCUUGGCUAACCGCACGGAUUUUGGCAUCAUUGGCCAGCCGUUCACAAAGAAAGAAUGGGGUUUUGUCUUCCAGAAGGACUCUCCAGUUGCGGUCGACAUGUCGACUGCAAUCCUUAAACUGUCUGAGAGCAAGAAACUUCAUGAGAUCUACAAGAAAUGGUUUUGCAACCCAAUAUGUCCUUCGGACAGGGGAAGAACAGCAGAGCCGAACGAGCUCCAAGUGGGCAGUUUCUUGGGACUUUAUAUUCUGUGUGGUGGUUUUGCUGCCAUUGCCCUCUUAAUCUUUCUGUUCAGAACGGUUCGCCAAUUUCUGCGGUACAAAAGGAAGAAAAUGGACCCUUCUUCGCCAUCUGGCUGCUCGCAGAUUGUCUACAACUUCUUCGACUUCAUCGAUGAGAAGGAAGAAUCCAUCAAAGCGUUUUUCACGCAGCAUGACGACAGUUCUCAUUCACAAUCUUGUAAUAGCUGAUCGCCAUUUGUGACUUCUCCCAACUUAUUACGAAGCUCUUGCUUUAAAUGUACAUUAUGAAUAAGGGGAAUUUACGUAAAUAGCACUAAAACAUAAUGACUUUCUCUAAAUAGCACCAUAUGUGCUUUUCUUCCCAAUGUACUUUUAGUCAUUAUG